UUUAUGUAUUUAUUUUAUUGAUACACUGUCCAUAAUGGAAAAAAGUGAGCGAUUUCCAAGAUUUAAGCUGGAACUCGACAUUCAGAGAGCUAGAUCUAUGUGACUGACUCAGUGAGAAACUAAAGUAUGAACUUUGCCAGUGAUGUCUUCCAAGCUGUGAUUCGACCUUUCCAGAGUCAGCAGUCUCGUUCUGGAAUGACCAAUCAACAGUCUGGGGAAUCGGAGAGAGAAGAGGACGGAUUUUUACUGGUAGCAGAAACUGAAAGUGAAAGAACAACAGUGUAUACCAGCAAUUUUACAGGGGAUUCCCCACCAGAUUAUAAUCAGACACAGAUAAAGGACACACAGUCUGAGUUGCCUACAUACAUGGAUUAUAUGCACUGGAAUGGACACCAAAAUGCCCAGAAUAACUCUGCAAUGAAUUACAAUACUAUCCCUUUGACCAGCCACAGUGAAAUCACUGGGGUCACUUUCAAGAUUUCACCCCAAUUGCAGGUUAUUUUUGACCUGCAUGAUGCCGCAUCACAUAGUAAUCUUGUCCAUCAACAAGAGCGAGAUAUCCCUAGGCUUAGUUAUGACUUUUCAUUAGAAGAGAAAGUGUUACGUGAUGCUCAGUCAAUGGCACUGAUGUAAUGGGUUUCAAUGAUAUAAGCCUUCGAACAAAGUUUGUUCACUGUCAAUUGUCGUCAUGAAAGUUGAGAUAACUUGUAAUUUUCACAGUGAUUUGAACACUACAUACUUAUUUCCAUGAUUGCUCAUUUGUUUCGGCCAGUAAAUAGCAUUAUGAUCAUUUUUUCAAAAGUAUGCAGCAACACAGUACUUGAGGUACAUAUUUUACUUUUAAUGUAUGCUUUUUGCAAUAACUCUUAUGAUCAGAAAAA